CCCGUUUUUUCCUAUGGGUACCCGUCGGGUUUGUUUUCAACACAUACCAAUUGAAAAAAAACACUAAACAAAACCUUUCUUCUUCCCCUCGAUCCGACAUCAGUUCCAUUGAAACCCAUUGUUGCUUCGUCCUCCAUUGUCCGCUAUUGCUGCCUAGGUUUUGGAGUGACCUCUAAAGGGGAGCGUCCAUAAGGUGUAUGAAUUAUGUGUGUACUAAUGUUUCUUUGUUUCAGUUAUGAAAUUCUUCUUCUUUUGUUGAUUUUGCUUAUGAAUCUCCCUCUCUCUACUUCUGUCUGCAACAAUUUAGUAUAGUCGUUGGGAUCAAAAGAUGCUAGCUUUGGAUGUGUAGAUGUACAAUUAGAAUUUAUAAUUCCACAAUUUGUGUUGUCUGGCUUUUGACACGGUUAUUGGUUCAGUGAUGUGUGAAGAAGGAAUUUUAUUUAAAUAUUAUUGGUUCAGUCUAAUUGUGUGAGAGGAGGGUCUUCAAUUCGUUUCUAUGAACCAAUAAUUUUUUUAAUUGAACCCCAAAAUCGGACCGGUCGGUUAUCGUAGAAACCCACUAAAACGAAGACUUAUACUGUAUGUAUGUAACCGGACCGCCGGGAGAGAGGGAUUCAGGAUGAUGAUUCGCGGCAGAGGCUCGUGGGUCGGAUUCUCAACCCGGUUGAAGCUUUACGGGAUCCGACGGCUCUGCAACAAAGGAGAGAAUGGUGGAAACAAACUCGACAAGACGACGGAAUCUAGUGCUGCUCAGACUGAAACUAGUGUUUCUCGCUACGAUGAGACGUAUAAGAAACUCGAUAAGCUCGAUUUCGUGACCGCUGCCAAGAUCUUGUUUACUGAACCACCCAAGACGAAUAAAUUCGGGUUUGAUUGGCAUGUGGUGCAAUUCAUCAUCGUCUGCUUGCCAUCUGUAGCUGUUUAUCUGGUUGCUCAAUAUGCUCGCCGUAAAAUGAAGAUCAUGGACGCAGAACUUGGAGAGAAGAAUAGGAAAGAAGAAGAAAAGAAAGAGAAAGAAGAAGCUGAACAAAAGGCAUUACAAAAAGAAGCAGCAACCAAGUCUCAGGACGAGCUAAUGGAGAUGAAAGCAAGACUUGGAAAAAUUGAAGAGACAAUAAAAGAUAUUGUUUUGGAAGCAAAGAAACCUUCAGGGACUGCUCCAACUAAAACCCAAGAAGAUCAUUCCUCCAAACUCUUUCCAAAACAAGAAUCAAAACCAGAAAAAGAACACAAGGGUCAUGUACAGAAACCAGGUGAUGGACCUCAUUGAGAUGAUUACAAGGGAAACUUAGGUGGUAGAUGAACAAGGAUGUACCCUUUUUGUGGGUUAUUAUGCUUUUGGAACUAAUACACCAGUUGAUGCAAUUCUCUGAUUUUUUGUUGUUGAAUCACUUCCGAGAAUUAAUAUAGAAUCUCAAGGAUUUGCGUUUAA